AUGCAUGAGGCACAUAGUAUCUCCUCUUAUGCCACCCCAACAAGCGAUAGACGUGGGAAGCACUUAUCUGUGCAUGCGCUUCAAAGUCAAGCAUCAAAUUGCGUUCUCAUAGAAACUACAAAACGUACAUUUAGCUCUCCAUCUGAACUGAAGGCCCAUGUCCAAGGCUCCGACGUGACGCAGUGA